AUGGCAGACUUGAUUGCCUUUCAUUCCUACUACUCGCAUCAGGGCUUCCUUUCCCCGUCGAACAUGCUCCCGCGAUCAACCAGCCACAAGCGAUCUCUAUCGUCCGGAAACAGGUCCCUCUCCCCCGAUAGGCACGUUACAAAAGCCAAAUCUACCAAUGAUCUCUCCGUAGCCGCCUCCAGUGCGCCUCCAAUUCCCACCAUCCGUUCUUCAAGCGAAGGCGGGUUCGCCGACAGUGGUUUCAGCACCCUGAAAGACCCGAGACUUUUGCACAGCACUGGGUCCUCAGAAGCGUCUAUAUCACCUUCGCACCACCCUGACCUGAAUGAUGAAGUUGCGACGCUAAGUCUGAAGCUCGUUCAAGCGAUUAACAACCAGACAAAACUCGACGACACUUUAGUCGCCACCCGCCAAGACUUGGAGCAAGCCCAAGAAAGGAUUCGCGCUCUCGAGUCGGAAAAUGCUCAAUAUCGCCGCGAUGUUGACCAAAAUGUACUCGUAAAGAAAGCCGAUUAUGAUGUUGAGUUUGCUCGCCUGAGAGCUUCCUUGGUGGAGGAAAAGGCGCAGCGGGUCCUAGCGGAGAAGGAGAAGAAGAAUAUCGAGCAGGAACUCGAAACCCUCACCGCUGCUCUCUUUGAGGAAGCAAACAAGGUAAGCGCACUUUUUAUCUUAAUUUUCUUGUCUAAUCUUUAG